CCAAGUGUGUGUCAUGUAAGUACACACAUUUGCCUUUGGGAUCACCCAGGGAUAUAUCGGCCUCUUGGGGCCCACAGGAGUUCUCCCUUCUUGUCUAAGGAAACACUGAAUGCAGUUUCCUACACUGGCCAAAAGGGGCUGUGCCAGGGGAGUGAGAAGGUGGAGUCCUGAGUGAGCAAGAGCAACCUGAGAGUGCCUCCAGCUAACUAGACCUCAAGUGAUACUCGCCGACCUGUGGAUGGAUUAACCAGGUGCUGGCUGCUGUUGCUCUGUGCUGCAAGUAUCUUUAAACAUUUACCCAAAGCUCUUCUGCCCAUGCUAUACACAUGGAACUGAAGGAGACCACCUGUGAUCACUCAGGAGUGCACAAUUUGGCCUUCCAGAGGGACAGCAAAGGUGUGGAUGUUACAAAUAUGAAAGGUCCUGGAGACAAUUCACAGAGAAUGAAGAAUUCAGGAAAUAAGAAAACUGUACAUAUUAACCAGGAGGAUAAAUACAUCAAUAUUGAGAGUGAUCUGCAUGAAAACAAACGUGCCUCAGUAGAUGAUGAGCAACCACGCUUAAAAGGGCAUUUAGAAAAGAAAUAUGAUCAAGCCUGUGAAUUUUGCAAGAAACAUAAGACCAGAAUUCACUAUGCGAUUUAUGGAAUUUUAACAACAGCAUAUUUGGCAGUAGUCGUUGCAGCCUGCAGCUUGAAUUUUCAGAGAGCCUUCCCACUCCUUAUCAUCACUGUCCUAGCCAUCUCCUUCAUCUGCUGGGAUUUUUUAAUAGCUAAGUAUGGAGAUAGAAUUGCUGCAUACUUUUCCGGUGGACUACGAAAUCUGGAGAAACAGUGGUUUUGGCAGAAAUGGGUUUUGUGUGCAGCUCUUACUAUAGCUAUCAUCUGCUGGCUCAUUUUUGACACAGCAAAACAGGGAUCCCACCAGCUGAUCUCCUUUGGUGGACUUGUGUUGUAUGUUCUCUUGAUGUUUAUCUUUUCCAAAUAUCCAACCAGAGUUGCUUGGAGACCAGUAUUUUCCGGAAUAGGAAUGCAAUUUAUUCUUGGGCUGCUUAUCCUGAGGACCAAAGUGGGUUUUGAUGUAUUUAACUGGCUAGGCAUUCAGACCCAGACUUUUCUGGAGUACUCUGAUACGGGUGCUAAGUUUGUAUUCGGUGAGAAAUAUAUGGAUCAUUUUUUUGCUUUUAAGGUCCUGCCUAUUGUCGUUUUCUUCAGCACAGUGAUGUCUAUGCUUUACCACAUUGGAUUCAUGCAGUGGCUUGUUGGAAAGGUUGGUUGGAUAAUGCAGAUUUUCAUGGGGACAACUCCUGUUGAGUCUCUGGUAGCUGCGGGUAACAUAUUCGUGGGACAGACAGAGUCUCCUCUCCUGGUACGGCCCUACUUACCAUACAUCACCAAAUCUGAACUCCAUGCAGUCAUGACAGCAGGAUUCUCAACUAUUGCUGGAAGUGUCUUAGGAGCAUACAUUUCUUUUGGGGUUUCUGCCUCCCACCUACUGACUGCUUCCGUCAUGUCAGCACCAGCAUCAUUAGCCACUUCCAAAUUAUUCUGGCCUGAAACUGAAAAGCCUAUGGUAACUCUGAGUGGGCUGCGGGUGGCAAAAGGUGAAUCAAAGAACCUACUGGAAGCAGCCAGUCAAGGUGCUUCUACCUCCAUUCUGCUGGUAGCAAACAUCGCUGUGAAUCUGAUCUCCUUCCUUGCCCUGCUAGCUUUCCUUGACUCAGCCCUGUCUUGGGUGGGCAGUCUGUUUGACUAUCCACAGCUGAACUUUGAGAACAUUUGUGCCUAUGUCUUCAUGCCAUUGUCUUUCAUGAUGGGGGUAGACUGGGAAGACAGUUUUAUUGUUGGUGGACUACUAGGUUACAAAACUUUCUUCAAUGAAUUUGUGGCUUAUAAGCGCCUCUCACAACUGAUUCACAACCGAGAAAAGGGUGGGAGCAUGUACAUUAAUGGUGUGAAACAGUACCUGACUGUUCGCUCUGAAGUCAUUGCCACCUAUGCUCUUUGUGGGUUUGCCAACUUCGGCUCUCUGGGACUGGUAAUAGGAGGCCUGACAAGCAUUGCUCCCUCUAAAAAAACGGAAAUCGCUGGUGGUGCUUUCAGAGCCAUGAUUGCUGGUACUGUCGCCUGUUUCAUGACAGCCUGCGUUGCAGGAAUGCUGAUUGUCCCUGGUCUGGAAGUUCCUUGCCACAUCUUAUUAGGAAGUGCCUUCAAUUCCACAGAUUUCCCUGCCAACAGCACAGAGCUAGUCGAAUGCUGCCAGCAACUCUUCACCAGGGCUACACAAACAGAAUACUUUGGCACAGAAUGUACCACUGACAGCUCCUCUGACUUUGGCUGCAGUACCAAUGACAGCAAAAGAUACUGAAAUGAUUGUCCAUAAUCCCUGCACAGCACCUAAGAAGGGAACUGAAGAUGUUCAUUGGUGGGACUUACAGUGAGAAGAGAUUGCCAGGAUUAGAUGCAGGAGCUCAGAGUUUUGUAUCAGUAGAAUAAGGGAAAGCAGUUGUAGGAAAAAAGCCUGACAUUUGUUAGAAUGACUUUAUUACUAUAAAAUACUUUAAUUAAACCUUCCUCAUUAUGUCUGUAGUGUACCAACACAGUAUCUAUGCUGUUUUCUGAUGCUCAGCCUCUUUCAUUUAUUUUCUUUAGCUGAAACUUCAAGUUAUUUUAUAAUGUAUGGCAAAUGAAAGGAAGGAAAUGGCCUUGUGAAUGGAAGUGAUUAUGUCUUGGAACAGGUAUACCGGUGACAGCUUAGUUCCUUUGCUUUUCUUUUGAACAUUCAUGCUUGCUAAGCUGAAGUGGUAAUUAAGUUCAGGAAAUUCACACUUUUGCACCCAAAAUUUUUGGUUGACCCUAACACAAACCAUCCAUUAACUUCUGUAACAGAGGUUUCUUGGGCAGUAAUUUCUGCGCCCCUUAUGUUACGUUCAUUUUUUCCUGGUGAGCUUACUUGCUUUUAGCACUCACCUGCUCCUGCAGAGAAGCUGCAGAAUGCCCGUCAAACAGAUCAAAGAGCAUAUCUCCCGUUGUUUCCUGAGGGCCCAUUUUUUAUGCACUCAUUCGCUUUCUGCUCUUUCACAUACUACUCUAAACAGCCUACAGUACCAAGAUGGACAUUGUUCGUGCUGCAUUAUGAGAAUUGUAAGACUGAUAGCUUGUCCUUUGUGUAUGUGUCCAUUUGUCAAAAAAGGGCAGCAUUCCACCUGAUGUAUAAACAUUUUUAAGUAAUCA